AUGCCUGUCGUCAUUGGGACGGUGACUCUAGUCAUCCCCGUGUCCACACUCUUCGUUUCCGCCCGCGCCUUCGCCAGGACCUAUUUCCACCCCAAACACCACGCCGAAGAUUGGCUCAGCUACCUCGCCUGGGUCGGUCUCGUCGCCUACACGGGCAUCCUAAUCCCCGCCUCUCGCGAGGGGCUCUCGCAGCAUCAGCGGGACGUCACUGUCGCCCAGUUCGUGAACAUCACGUACUACAUCAACAUCCUAUCCUGCAUCUACGCCCCCACCACGCUGGCCGCCAAGCUCUCCGUCCUGCUGCAGAUAAAGCGCAUCUUCACCACGGGCGCCCGGGACCGCGUCUACUGGGCGAUAGUGGUAUCCAUCGCGGCCAAUUCGCUCUUCUAUACCGCCGAGUGCUCCAUCCACGUGUUCUCGUGCUGGCCGCGCGAGCGCAUCUUGGACCCCCGGGUUCCCGGCCACUGCCUGUAUAAUGUGGAAGACGGCGUCAUUGAGCGCGUGUUUUUAGCCAAUGUCGGCCCGGGGACGGCGAACUUCUUCUCGGAUGUUUUUGCUUUGGCCCUGCCGGCGUGGGCUAUUUGGAAGCUGCAGAUGCCGGUGAGGCGUAAGUUAGAAGAAGCUUAUGCUGUGUUUGGUGUUGGCGCUCUCGCAUGCGUCGUUGGUGCAGCCGGUCUCUACCUGCGCAUUCGUUCAGCCCUCGACGAGGACUUCGCGUGGCUAGCCACGCAGAGCCAGUUGCUCAUGUAA